AUGAAAAAUGCAUAUGACAAUUUGAAAACCAAAUACACAGGAUAUGGGCAUCCGAAGGUUGCUUUAUUGAGAACAAUUCCACUGCCUUUUCCAGAUCUUUGUGCACGUCUUAUUGUUGGAAAUAGUGCCACUUGUAAUUUUAGGAGUUACUCAACCCAAUCAUCAUCAAUAGUUGGAGCAUCCUCUUGUCGUGUUCCGCUACUUCAAAUUACGGCCACCUCUUUUCUUGCAAUAGAUGAUGAUGGUGAUGACACUUCCCAUCAUGAUAGUGAGCCUUUUCAUGAGCCACCAUCUUCUGUUGCUUCACCUUCGGCUGCUUUACCCUAUGCUGCUUCACCCUCCAAUAAUCCCAACAAAAGAGCUAAACCUUGA